ACAUAGGUCUGAUCGAAACACUAAUUAAAUUAUUAGUUUAUCUAAGAGAAAAUUCUUAAACUAAAGUGUUGGCAUAGGUUAUUCUCUCAUAAAUUAUUCUAAACAAGUUUCCUCCGACGAAGUCUUAAUAAUGAAUGUGUUGGCAAUGGGUGGAUCUUUCUGUCUCAGGUACACAUAUCUCAAGUGGGCGAAAACAAGAUGAGGAUAUCGUGGAUCACAGACAGCCCAACUUCACCAAAGGUUUCCUACGGUCCAUCUCCUUCAGCAAAUGCAUUAUCUGUCACAGGGACUACCUCAUCCUACCGUUAUCUCUUUUACAAGUCCGGUGAAAUUCAUGACGUUGUAAUUGGUCCCCUCAACCCCAACACUGUCUACUACUACCGUUUGGGUGAUCCACCCUCUUCCCUAACAUACAACUUCAAGACUCCACCUUCUCAACUUCCCAUCAAGUUUGCAGUAGUUGGAGAUCUUGGACAAACGGAUUGGACGACUUCGACCUUGCAGCAUGUAGCUAAAUCAAACUACGACAUGUAGUCAAAUGCCUUGGCAUGAGGAUUUUGACCAAAUGGUGUUCGAUGCAGCAUUUGCCAAUAUCUGCAUAUUAUUUUCAUAUUAACUUAAUUAAAUUUAUAUUUCCUUUUCAGAUAUCAUGUCUCUUCCACCGCCCCGCAAGACUAGCUACGUUCUGUCGUCCCGAAAGAGGGAUCCCCGAUCGGGAGGUUCCGGUCAUGGAUUGACGGCCGCACAAUCGAGGAUGGUAACCGAUCCCCCAGUGAUGGUCGUGGUGGCGCAACCGGCUCCUAUGGUGAACUUGGAGUCGUCUGAGGCGGCAGUUGUCCCCCCUACUGUAACACCCCUUAUGGAGUGUCACUAAA